AUUUUUGAACGCAUGUGUUUUUUUACGAAGGUAAAUUAACUAAAGAACUUGGUAUUUUAAAUCAAUGCCGACACUAACGACAAAUCAGAAGAUAGCCUUGGCUGUCAGUAUUCCUAUUGUUGGAAUAUUGUUUUAUGUUUUGUUAAAAUGGCGUGAAGAAGAUGAUGAAGAUGAAGUUGGCACAGAAGAUGAAUUUGUUUCCAGUGCUGAUCUGGUGUCUGAAUUGCAGAUACCUCAAUGUCAUGUUGGUGCUAUCAUAGGCCGUGGAGGAUGUGUUAUCAAGCAGAUACAAAAAGAAAGUGACACUCGAAUCAAUUUAAAAGAUGAUAAGGAAGAAUCAGGAGAUGAACUAACCGAGGAAGGGAAACCACAAGUCAGAACAGUUGUGAUACGAGGAACACGAGAAAGAAUAAAGCGUGCUGAAGUUUUGAUUAAGAAAUUGAUAGAUGAACAACCUGUGUUAGAGAAAGUUGUAGUUGAAAUACCUGAAUUAGCUAUUGGCAGGAUCAUUGGAAAAGGUGGCAAGACAAUUAGACAGUUGUGCCGUAUAUCUGGUGCAAAAAUUAAAUUUGAUCAGGAUAAUGAGACAAACAAGCUACGGACAUGUGACAUUACUGGGACAAAAACACAGAUUGAAUGUGCAAAGCAAUUGAUUGAUGAAAAGAUAGCGGAGGAUGAAGAUUUCAGAAAAAAGAAGAAAAGAACUCAAGAGGCAAAAAACAAGCUGACCUUUGCACAUUUACCUGUUCAUGGAGACUACUUUGCAGUGUAUGUAUCAGCCAUGGACACACCUGAACAUUUUUGGAUACAGAAUAUUGUAUCAGAUGCCAAGCAGCUUGAUGUUCUUGUUGAAGAAAUGACUCAGUUUUAUGGAGAUAAAUGUCAUGGUAAAAGACUUACGCCACCAAAAGUUGGUGACAUAUGUUGUGCAACCUUUCAACAUGACGAGUCUUGGUAUAGAAGUGAGAUUGUCAAAGUUAUUGAGGAGAGAAAUGAAGUUCAAGUUCAAUAUCUUGAUUUUGGUGAUAGCGAUGUUGUUUCAAUGUCAAAUGUCAAAGAAAUAAGGGAAGAAUAUUGCACUCUGCCAUUUCAAGCAAUUGAAUGUUAUAUGGCAAAUGUAAAACCAGCAGGUAAAAACUGGAGUCAGGAAGCCUCAGAAAUGUUUGAAAAGCUCAGUUAUUGUGCCCAGUGGAAGCCAUUGAUGGCCAGAGUUGCAUAUUAUGAUGACAAUGGGGUACCUUGCAUUGAACUGAUUGACACAAAUACUGAAGAAGAUGUGAAUAUUGAAAAGAGAUUAGUAGAACAAGGUUUUGCUAUUUACAAAGACAAAUCCUCAAACAUUGGAACAGAAACUAACAGAAAGACUUCCAUAACUCAACGUUCAGAGCCAGCUGUAGUUGACAAAAUUAUCGCAGAACAGAAAGAGAAUGUCUUAAAACAAAUGAACAAAGAAUUUCCGUCUCCUGCGUUUGAAGAUGCCAGCUUUGAACUGAACCAAUCUGAAAGCUUUGAGUUUUCUUCACCCAUAUCUUUAGAGAGCCAGAAUAGCGAGAAGAAAGUUGUGAACGAACCUCCUAUAGCCUCUGUGGAACACCAGGUCGUGUCUUGUGCUGAUAUUUCUCAACUGAACAGCAUGUUUGAAAUGUUAAAUAUGGAUACAACUGUGCCAGGUGCAGAUAUUUCUGAAAUUGAAAACAUGAAAGAUGAUGAUGGGAGGCUGGAACAUGGUAGUUCUGAUAAUCGUAUUUGCGAUCAGAGACUCAAAACUGAAGAAGAUAUUGAAAAAGAACAUGAAGAAUCUGAGAAGGAUCUUGCAAACCUAGUAUCAAUGAAUUUAGAUGAGAACGUUAAUUCAAAGACGCCAAUUACAAGCGCUGUUGAUGUGCGAGGAAAUUUUAUGGAACCCAUAACAGUUUCAAAUGUUCAGUUGUCUGAAAGUGCUCAUUUCAUGCCAGAUAUCCCGUUUUCCUCAAACACAGAGGAGGUAAAUAACAGCAGUGAAAAACCCGUACUUAAAGAUGACUUAUAUGAGAAUAAGGACAUUCCCGUCUUGUCUUUCGCAAGUGGUCACCCGAUAACAUCAGCCCCCGAGUAUUAUCUGAACCAGUCCUCGGAAAUCACCGUGAAAACAGAUACCACCAAACUGAAGGAAGAUGAUAGUGUCCUGGGUUAUGGCGUCGACCGAGCGGAUGGCGGUGCUAAACAAGAUUAUGGUCUUCACCGAGCAGAUUAUAAUCUUGAAUCAAAUCAGGAUGAUAACGAACUUGACCGAACGAAUAACGGCCUUGAACGACCAGACCAUGUUUUGCGUCGCAGUUAUUCCGAAGAUCUUACCAGAGAUGAUACUAUUCCACACGAUGGUUUGAUAAAAUGCAGCUCAGAGAUAACCGUGACUCCAAGAAAAGACAACACAGUACAAGAUAGUAAAAAUACACAGAGUUUGGGAAGUCUCUCAUCUGGGACACCUAAAGGUAAGCGUUUGUUGGCCGCAAACUUCAGUCAAAUUCUGAACCAUAGUAAACAACAACAAAGUGAAGAUGAUGAAAGUGAUGACGAGUCACUAUAUCUGAGCGCUAAAGAAGAUUCUGAUUCCACUGGAUUUUUCAGUGCCAUAGGAUCAAGAAACAACUUAAGAAAUGACACUGAUAGUGAUGUAACGCCGUCAGGUUACCUCAGCGAAUCAGAAGAUAACUCCAUGGAGGUUGUUGAAGAUCAAACAAGGUUUGACACAACAUUGCUGGUGGAAAAGUUGGAACAAUAUGCUGACGGCAAGUAAGAUGUAUGUGUGCUUUCGUUUUGAAGUUCAAGUGACUUUCCUUUUUAAAACAGUAUCUCGAAUGAUCAGACAGUGUAUGACAGUCUUAUAAGUUUGAUUGAACGUUAUUUAAACUAAUUUUUGCGGAAACAUAAUGACCGAGUUAAAAUGUAUAUGGGCUAUAUUUACGUUGUUAAAACCUUUUAGAGAUUUUAUGGCAGAACGUAGACGUAGUUGAAGAUGUAAAUCUCUGCUCUAAGUACAAAUCUUGUAGAAUAAAACACUACUUCUGUUUUAUUGUGACAAAUAUCGCUAUAAAUAACAGUGAUAUCAACCACAAUUUAAACAACAACAUACUUUCAAGCGGGUGGCUUCGUUUUCAUACAAGCAAGUAUGGCGUCUUACAAAUCAUGGAUCUUCACUAUCUUGAUAUCCAUUAGAAGCUUUUACUGCAAAGAAUAUAUUCUUUCUAAACUAAGCGAGUGCAAUCGUGUUCCUGAAGAGCCUCCUUGUAAUAUCACAUUUGAUUAUUUCGUCCCAGACUAUGCCUCGAAACGCUAUGAAAUUAUGAUUGAAACUAUAUACAGAAAAUCUAAAGACAUAAUGCGCUUGGAUAGCCGUCCUCAGUGUGUCAACGCUUACAAGGCCUUCCUUUGUGCACAACUUUUUCCGAGAUGUAAGAAGCAAGUCAAUCCGAGAUAUGAAAGUCUUGACAUCCAAAGAUUCAUCGUUCAUGAUCCUGAUAUCAAGAUGAAAUGUUUGAAAAUUUUUGCUGCGUGUAAUUCACUUGUUGCGAUGCGGUUUAUGAGCGCGAAUUACUUUAUUUGUGAUCAUCUUUCAUACACACCUUUUGGUUGGGAGAGUGACAGAUGCUUAUCCUAUGAUCUAGAUACAAGAUGUAACGGGAAACAUUAUGGAAAGCUUCCGAGAUGGUAUAUUGACUACUACGAUCAAAACCUUAUCCAGUAUUUAAAUGUCACCAUACACCGUGUGAACUUAACUUUGCACAAAACUUGUCGUCAAAGGCUUCUUAAUGUACACUGUCGUCAUCCAUGGUGCUCUAGUGAUGGUGAACAUAUUGUAGCCAACUUCACCAGACAAAAAUGUAACCAAUAUCUGAAUUGUGCAAGACUUGUUCCUGGAGAAGUGAAUGUUGAUGCUUUAUGUCUGGUGUUUCCUUCCUCAGCGCAAACAAUAUCAAGUAUAACACUCUUUGUGACAGCUUUGAUCGUUCAUGGAUUCUCACUUUUGUAAACCGAAGUAUUUCUUUAGAGCCGAACCUUCAGGCCUGAUCUUUUCUCUUUUACAUGUUGGAAAGGGUACAAUAAGCAGCCUAUACCAAACAUCAAGCAAUUUUAAUGUUCUUAUCUUACGGCCGGAUAUACGAAAGAUAUUAUGGUAUUGGAAUAAUUAGAUUUUUGUUCUGCAUGUAAAAGUUACUAUAUGUUCUAUGUAA